UUGUGGGUUGCGCAGCUGGCAGCGCAACUCACAGAUGCGCAACCCUAGGAUAGAAGCCUUGAUAUGCAAUCCAAUGGUUGCAGAUCAUUAGUGUCUAGACGUUUCUUCUAUAGGCGACGGUCGCUUCUAACGGUUAUCCGUUUCAGCUAUCGCGUUCGUCAGCUCUUCGUUACUAUUCCGUCGUUACAGGAACGCGAACAUUUCAAUACUACGUAAAUUAGUCGUUGUUUGUAGGUGUUAGUCGUGUUCGUUGCGCAAUUCUCGCCGGUUUAGAUUUUAGCGUUGUUGGAGUGGUUCCGCCACCCCAGGAGUCGCCUACAAGCGCGGCUUACCAUAUGGAGGACAGAGGCAGGAACGGCUCAGGCGGCGGCCAAUGGGGUGGCGAGCAGCAGCCUAUGGAUGACGUCAGCGGAUCCAACCCUAACGGGCGUGGCGCGCAACCGAUGAUGGGGAACGGCGGAAGCUUCUCCGCGAAGCGGGGAAGAGGGGAGGAGGGGGGAGCGGAGCCAGGGGGGGGGGCGGGGGCAGGGCCAGGAGGAGGGGGAGCAGGAGGGGGAGGCGGAGGCGGAGGGGGAGGCGGAAGCGGAGGGGGAGGGGGAGGGGGAGGGGGAGGGGAUGCCCGUCAAAUGGGCGCCGGAGGUGCUGGGGGCCCGCCCAUGGGCGGAGGAAUGGGGGGAGGAAUGGGCAUGGGGGGAGGCAUGGGCGGAGCCAUGGGGGGAGGAAUGGGCGGAAGAAUGGGCGGAGGCAUGGGGGGAAGGGGGGGCAUGGUGACCCCGGGGGGGCGCAUGGGGUAUGUGGCAACGCGGGGCAAGUCAAGGGGCGCACAGAACGACUACUCCCAACACUUUGUAGACACGGGAUUCAGGCCCCAGAACUUCAUACGCGAUAUGGACGUCUCUGAUAGGUUUGAGGAGUACCCGAAGCUGAAGGAGCUUAUAACGAGGAAGGAUAGGAUCGUUGCGGAUGCGACUACACCACCUGUGUACCUUCAGAUGGACCUUAAACAGGUUGAACUAACCCCCGACAUAUUCGGCACCAAGUUCGACGUUAUCUUAAUUGACCCACCAUGGGAGGAGUAUGUGCGGCGGGCGCCAGGGAUGGGCGAUGAGAUCGAAUGGUGGACGCCCCAGGAGAUUAUGGCUCUGAGAAUCGAGGCCAUAGCCGACACGCCCUCCUUUGUCUUCCUGUGGGUGGGGGAUGCGGAGGGGCUGGAGUAUGGCCGCAUGUGCCUCAAGAAGUGGGGCUUUCGCCGUUGCGAGGACAUCUGCUGGGUGAAGACCAACCGGGAGAAGCCAGAUAGCCCCUGGGGGCACACGUCAGAGACCCUGUUCCAGCACUCCAAGGAGCACUGCCUGAUGGGCAUCAGGGGCACGGUGAGGCGGAGCACAGACGGCCACGUGAUUCACGCUAACAUUGACACGGAUGUGCUUAUAUCGGAACAGCCACCUUUUGGAAGCACGGAGAAACCUGAGGAGCUCUACUCCCUCAUCGAGCACUUCGCUCUCGGGCGGCGACGAAUCGAAUUGUUUGGCGCUGACCACAAUAUCCGGGCAGGCUGGCUGACCGUGGGGAAAUCUCUCACCUCCUCAAACUUCAACCCUCAGUCCUACUGUAAGCUCUUUGCCGGACCUGACGGCAAGGUUUGGCAAGGCACGGGCCGAGGCAACCCCCCGCCUGGAGCGCCGCACCUGCUGGUUACCACCCCUGAGAUCGAGGCUCUGCGGCCCAAGUCUCCCCCGAACCGCCAGCAGCACGGGAACCAGCCCCAAGCCCCCAUCCAACCGCCGAAUCAAUUUCAACCACCCGGUAAUCUGGGGAAUAACCCUAAUUUUGGCCAAAUGGGAGGUCCUGGGGGUCAUUCUGGGCCUGGGAUGGGCGCUAGUGGGCUGAGUGGGGGUGCUUUUGGUGCUGGAUCGGGCCCAGGUCAAGCUAAUGACGGUCAGGGGGGAGGGGUUGGGAAAAGAACACCUCCCCUCCCACCUAAUUUUCAUCAAUGAGAUUUUGUCUGUUUUGUUGAAAAUUCCCGU